AUUUUAACCAGAAGUUACUGAACACGAUGAAUCACAAGGUACAUCUUCCGUUUAUUCUCUUGAUUCUCAUUUUGGGAGUCAACUUUAGUUUAUCAGGAAACUGCCAAAGAAAACCCAGAUGCAGAAGCAGUUACGAUUGUCCAAAUACAUAUUGGUGCGAUGAAAGCAAGCGCCGUCCCAUAUGCUGUCAGGAAAAGAACGUCGCUGGGCUUGCGAAACAAUGCAAAGCAAAGCGUUUGAAAAAUGGAGGUAUAGAAGCGUGUGGAUAUGAAAGAGAUGGAAGAAGAGUUUGCCAAUCGGGAUAUAGAUGUAAACUUAUUAAUGGAUUCAAUGAUAAAAGUAUUCUCCAUAGCCUUUGUUGUAAAGACUUACGAUGUAGGGACGGCCAUGGUAACUACCAUGAACCAAACGGAAGACCUUGGUCUGAACCUCUGUCGCCGUGCAACACAUGCCGCUGUUCUAAAUCUGGGAAGAGAAUUUGUAGGCCAGAACGUUGCCGAUGGUGCGAUGUCAGACAAGAUAAUGGGACAAUUAUAUCUGUGAAAGAUGGUACGUCAUUCUGGUUAGACAGUGGAUGUAGACAGUGCACGUGUAGAGGUUCUGUUGUCAAGUGCAAGGGACCAUGUCAGAGGGGUAUAGUUGUUCGACAGCCUGGAACUCCACAAUGCUCCUUUCAACAAUGUAAUAAAGCUGUAACAAAUGGACAAUGUGUUGCCGAUGACAAAUAUGGCAAUCCAAACGCCUGCUAUGCCCAUCCAUACAAGACAACAGACUGUUAUGAUCCGAUGAGAUGCACUAAACCAGGUGUACCAUUUUACGCUCUCUUAUCUGGAGGUGGAGGCGAGGAAGCCAGACCAUUUAGUCAUCCAUGGAUGGUUCAGAUCGCAACUGAUUCCGGGAGCCAUCGCUGUGGAGGGUCAAUCAUCAGUCCAAGGCAUAUUUUAACAGCAGGACAUUGCUUCUGUCAGGAAUCAAGGUUCACAACUACUCUAUGUAGAUGUACCAAAUUGGCCACGGGGGGAUUUGAAAUAUCGUCUUGUUCAUUUCAGGUUAGAGCAGGAAAGCAUAAUAUAAAAGAAGCGGAGAUGGCCGAGCAAAUUCGCUAUAUAAACAAUCCAUCUUCCGUACACCUUCAUGAAAAGUUUCAUUUCAAGGAUUAUCCUCUUGAAAGUGACAAUGACAUUUCCAUCAUUACACUGGACGAUGCUUUGGUAUUUAUGCAUAAGCCUAGAACUAGCACUGUGAAUGCCAUUAGAUUACCUGAUCAUGAAACGGAUGCAACAAAUAUCAUAGAACAAGCUGACUGUGUUGGUAUUGGAUGGGGCAUAACAGGUGGAACGUCAUCUAAUCCAAUCUGGCCAGAUGUGUUGAUGGAAUGGCAAUUGCAAGUAAAUACUAAAUGCAGGAUUUAUACGAAGGAGCUCAAAGGAAAGGGUCUAUAUGAUAGCCUCACUGAUAACAUGUUCUGUGCUGGAAGUCCUGGGAUUGAUUCUUGUAGAGGGGACUCGGGAGGCCCGUUGGUGUGUAGAUAUAGGGAUCCUGAAUUAGGAUCACAAAGAAUUGUAACUAAUCUUGUUGGAAUUGUAAGCUGGGGUCCUGCAGGUACGUGUAAUACAACUGGCGCGGAUGGUGUCUACACUAAGGUCACAAAUUAUUUGGACUGGAUAGCCAAGACUACAUCCACAAAUGGGGGCUGGGGAGCGUGGGGAGCCUUCACAGAAUGCUCAGUUACGUGUGGACCUGGGAAACAAUCAAGGAUUCGCCAGUGUGAUAGACCUUCCCCAAUUGGAAACGGAAAAUGCCCAGGUGCUGUGCAGAACCAAGAUAACGAAACAGCUCGCAUUGACUUCGAAAUAAGAGCUUGCAACCUUAUUUCAUGUGACGCUGAUAUUGAUGGGGGAUGGAGUGUACGGUGGCCUGACAUUAUUUGGGGAGAUUGUUCUGUAAAAUGUGGAGGUGGAACACGAACAGUUUAUCGUACAUGUAACAAUCCGCCUCCUUUUAACAAAGGAAAGCCUUGCAAUAUCAGUGAUGCCAAUAUAACAGAAGCAUGCAACACGGAUCCAUGUGUGAUUGACGGCGGUUGGGAGGAAUGGAUUGAUGAUGCCUGUUCUGUGUCAUGUGGAGGAGGGUCGAUGCGAAAACAGCGUAGGUGUAUUAACCCAUCUCCAAAUGAACUCGGUAAGCCAUGCAGAGGACCUUCGGAAAAAUUCAUCAAAUGUAACACCCAAUCUUGUGACGACGUAAUUGAAGGACAUUGGGAAUCAUGGCGAGAUUACACUUUAUGCUCUCGAACAUGUGGUGGAGGAACGAGAUCUCGAAUCCGAUAUUGCGAUAACCCACGGCCGCAAUACAGCAUUUGUCCAGGAGAAAAUGGUAAAUCUGAAUCGAUUCCAACGCAGACAGAGACAGCAGAAUGUAACACAUUUAGCUGUGAUUCAGACGUGAACGGUGGAUGGGGGCUUUGGAGUGAAUACAAGGUAGAAUAUCAAUGGUGGACGCCGAUUUCUAAGUACAGAACAAGGCUUUGCGAAGAACCCAUGCCGAUCAAUCAGGGAAAGUCCUGCCUUGGAUCGAACGAGACUGUCUUCAAAUUCACUAAAUUCUGGAGUAGUUACAUGCAGAUCCAGAAAGAGACAGAACCGUUGAGAUAG